CAGCUCCGAAUGCUAUAAUGUGAACGUGAUUCAUUGAAAAUAGACACUCUACCGUCCGAUCAAGCAAAUCAGACAAGAUGGAAGAACCUAGAUUGGCAGAGAAAAUCGAUGCCAUCCUCGCGGAUUUCUUUUCCUCGUGGAACCUUGUUUCCACCGUUCUCGUUCUCCUUGUCAUCGGACUUCUCACAUACCCGUUGCUGACGAGUAAGGAUCCUGACACACACCCUUUUUUAUUAGCCAGGCAAGCACAAGUUGCCCCAGUACGCCAUUCCGGGGAGUCGGCCGUUUAUCGAGCAAUCGACAUUCCACAUGGUUAUCCACUCCGGGCAGGAUUGGGUGUAAAGGAUCCCGGCACUCCUAGAUGGAGUGCUGGAAGGCCAGGUGACCUUCGUGAUAUCUGGAGACGAGCUGUGAGUGGCUCUGUCAAAGAAGACGGCACUCCUACCGGUGAGAAGGGCAAGAUCCAGACCGUCCUAGGACGAGAACGAAUCAUCGAUCACGAUUUCGCCGACCUGACUCUCGAUAUCAAUGUCAUCGGACAACAUAUCAAGAGAAACAAUGGUCAGUCGGUGGCUGUCUGUCUCUCCAACUCGGUCGAACUGCUGUCCUCCAUCUUCGCUGGCUCGUUUUAUGGCUUCUCAACCACACUUCUCCCUCAUGGCGUGUCUACCGAGGUCUUCAAAUCUCUCCUGUCCAAAACUACGGCUGAUUACCUGAUCGCUGACGCUGGUACAAUUGAUCUCGACGACAUCUCCUCCGCCAACAAGUCGAUCAAGAACAUCAUCUGGGUUUCCAAAGCCGCUGGCCAACACAUCGACUGGACUGAAAAGUCCCCUCGAGGAUUUAGCGUGACUUCGUGGAAAGCUCUGGUCGACGAGAACAAGGCUACCACCAACUCGGAAGUUCUUCCACUGGACAAAGAUUCUCAGGUGCCACCUGUAUCUAUAUUUACACCAAUAUCCGCUACCAGCUACGACGUCGUCAAGUACACUUCGGAGAAUCUCAUAUCCGCGACGGCAGCACUGCUGGCAACAUUGCCGCGAACUCACAAACUCUCCACUUCGGACACGGUCCUUUCGACCCUGAGCUUCACCAACAGCUAUCCGCUCGCAUGGGCACUGGCGGCUCUUUAUUCUAAUGCAACACUGUCCAUCAACUCGGUUGCCGGAGACGGCGUUCCCUUGGAUGCCGCGGUCUCUCUAGCUCGGCCAUCCAUCUUGAUCACCUCACCUACGACCAUCACCAACUACCUGAAGCACCCAAGCACGAUCCACCCGUCCGGAUUGGCCGUGUACACUGGGUCACGUUCGUUGCGAUCAGGCAAUCUUCCUUCGUCUCGUGGCCAACCUAGCUCGGCAAUGCUUUCUAAUCUCCGCGCUGUCUUCAUCCCACAGCACAUCCCGGGUGACACAAGCGUGACAUCCUCCUCGUCUUCGCGACUCACUUCUUCCGACCUGUCAACUCUCCGCCUUACUUUAACGGCCCGUGUUGGAUAUGCCUUGACCACCCCUCUGGUUGCUGGCGCCGUGACUCAGACCAAUAUUCUAGAUUAUCGGGACAAGGGCAAGGACGUGGUCAUGGUCGGUGCACCACUAAGUUCGGUUGAAAUCCAUCUCGAGGGUGAGGAAGAAUUCGUUGGCACUCAAAAGCCGAGUGGUCGCUUGGCAGUCAAGGGUCCUGUGGUGGUUGGGGGCGGCAAGGUUGUGCUUGAUGCUGUGGUACGCAUUGAUGAUGACCAUACCAUCAUUCUUUCUUGAAAGGACCUCAGGACCCCUUGACCAAGACCGAGAUACCUAGAUGGGCAUGGAGAUGAGGGGAGAAUCCGAUGUAAUGACGGAUGCAGAUACAGUGAUGAUUUUGGCGAGAUACACCCACUUCAAUUCUGGCAUGAACGUUCCAACACAUCUCCAACAAGUCACAUGAACGACCAACAAAAGCAUUAUUUAGAAAAAUAAAACGCAAAGGUUUUACCAAGUGUUCGG